AUGCCUUCAGGAUUAGAAGAGCUAACUUCCCUUCACAAACUACCACGAUUUAUAGUUGGACAUAAAUGUUCUCCAAAAUUCAGAUCUAAGCCCCCUGCAAAAUUAAGUGACCUAAAGAACCUUGAUAACCUCAGAGGAGCCUUGCACAUUGAAAUUCAUGAAGAUUCUAAAGAUCUAGUCUCAGACAGAACAGGGGCAAACUUGAGUAGUAAGCAGAGGUUGAGUGACUUGCACAUUGAUCUGACUGGGCUAUAUGAAGAUGUUAGUGACCAUGACAAAGCUGUUAUGGAAAGCCUCAGACCACAUCCUAAUUUAAGGAAGCUGAGGAUUGAUGGUUUUAGAGGUCAGAAGUUACCAAGUUGGGUUAUGAUUGAAGAUUUGCGCGGUAGUCUUCCAAAUUUGGUUGAAAUUAAACUUAAUCAGUGUGAAAGAUGCGAACAAAUCCCUAGCUUCAGGCAACUACCUUUCUUGAAGCGUCUUACUCUUGAAUAUCUAUCAAGUGUGGAAUACAUGGAGGGUGAUGUAUGUGACCUUUCCUCGUCAUCAUCACUACCAACCAUGGAAUCAUUGUUCUUCCCAUCUCUUCAAGAACUUAGGCUGAUGUGUAUGCCUAAUUUGAAGGGAUGGUGGAAAGUUGGAGAAACUGUUAAUAAUGACUCAAAAGAAGCAACAAACAAAUUGGGGCAAGAUUUGUCAUUAAUGUCAUUUUCUAAUCUAUCAAAAUUGUGGAUAGAAGGUUGCCCAAACCUGAUGUCCAUGCCACUUAGUCCCAAUGUGGAGGAAUUGACACUUGUAGACACCAACAAGACCCUUUCAGUCUUAAAGAUGGUAACCUCAUCUCCUGAAUGUAGUUCAAAGUUAAAAAAGUUGAGCCUUGAUAACAUUGAAGACCUUAUAUCCCUGCCAAAAGAAUGUCUGCCUAGGCUUUCCUUGCUAGAGGUCCAAGACACUAACCUGGUGAGCACUUUUAAGCUAAAAGAAGUCUUCACAAGUCUAUCUAGUCUACGUUCUUUGGCAUUUUGUGAUUGCCAUAAUUUAGAAUCACUCCCAAAAGGCCUAGAGCAUCUGACAGCAUUCGAGAAGUUGGACCUGUUGAAUUGUGAAGAGCUUGAUCUAUCACCAAAUGAAGCACCGGGCGAUGAAGAUGAUAUGCCAUGGAAAGCCCUUAAAAGUCUUCGUUAUUUGCAAUUGCGAGAAAUCCCUAAACUGUCAGCAUUUCCUAGAGGGCUUCAAAAUUUGGCAAACCUCCAUUCUUUAGAAGUAAGGUUUAUUAAAGAUUUGAAAGAACUACCAGAAUGGAUAAGUUGUUUCCAAUCUCUAGAGCAUAUGGAGUUGUUUGAUUGCCCAAAAUUGACAUCUCUACCAGAAAGCUUCCGCAAGCUUACUACCUUAACUCAGCUCUGA